GAUCGGGUGCGCCGAGUGUACCCGCUAAGAAGUCAACUUGCCGAGCUGCACGUCCCGGGUACAAUUUUAACUCGCAAAGAAAACAAAAAGGACGAUGGACCAAGGGGAGAGGAAAAGUGACGAAUUGGCGAGACGCAGGGCCGAGGAGUAUGAGAUGCAGCUGUUCGGGCUGCACUCCAGGACCGUUUUUGCUGCGAUACACCAGAAGAUACUAGAAAACGUGGACACAAGGUGUCAUAAAAUGUGGGAAUCUAUAGAGAAAAAGUACAAUCCAGAAGCAAAACAAAAAGAGUUGCUAAAGAAUAACAUCAAACAAUUAAGGAAAACUUAUAGACAUAAUAUGAAACCUCACUUUAAAACAAUAGAGAAUACGGUUCGUAAAUUUAUUUGCGUUCCUGACAAUGUACUGCUAGAAGAGGACAAGUGUCAAGCCACACAGUACAGCAACGAAGAAAUUCAAAAGUUGGAAAAAAAAUUAGAACAUCUUCAACAGGAAGCAAAAAGGGUGACGACAUUUCAUGCAGCAUUAAAAGAAGAAGUAGCUACAGUGGAACGAAUACGGGAAAGUGAAAAAUUAGCAAUAAAAUUGUGUAACAUAACUGAUAAGGGAUUGUCUGCCAAAAAGUUGAAAAGCAAAAAUGUAAAAGCAAUUGAAAAAAUAACAUCUCUCACAGAAUCACUAAAUUCGCUGCAACCUCAAACACAAAAGGAGAUUUACAAUCCGAGACUGAAUGAAACGGAUUUAGAACAAGUUUUUCUUGACUAA